AUUAAAAUGUAGACACUACUAUGAUCAGUGCUGUCUGAAAAAUAUUAGCACAAGUAUAUUUUCCGUUCCUAAGGACGUCAUGUCGGUGUUCGUGCAAGUUUAAUAGGAAAACGCAGCGCGAGCUCGUUGUCUCCUUAUCUUCUUGUCUUGUUUGGGAUCCGGUUGCUGCCCUCCUCGGACAUGUAUUCGUUUAUCUUCAUAAGGAGUCAUAUGUUUAGUAUGGAUACACUAUACAAUGCAGUUGUUACAAUAAGUUACUUCAGUUUUUGCUGAAUGCAUCCGCUGAAUUGUGCAAAAAGCAAAGCUCACCAAAAACAUGGACAGCUAUGGGUUCUCCAGUGAUAUGUUCAGUGGCAGAGCUGUGCUGGGGGAGGACAGCUCGGUCAUGGCUCGAAUGCAGAAGAAGUUCUGGAAAACCAAGCAGGUGCUGAUCAAGGCCACAGGAAAGAAAGAAGAUGAACACGUGGUGGCAUCUGACGCAGACCUUGAUGCCAAAUUGGAGUUUUUCCGUUCUGUCCAGCGCACUUGCACAGAACUCCUGAAAAUGAUUGAGAAAUACCAGCAAAGGAUCACACAUCUUUCUCUGGAGGAAAAUGAGCUCGGGCUGUUCCUGCGCUUCCAGGCAGAACAUGAUAAAACAAAAGCAGGCAGUAUGAUGGACGCCACCAGUAAGGCCCUAUGUUGCAGUGCCAAGCAAAGACUGGCCCUAUGUACUCCUCUCCAUCGAAUGGAACAGGAAGUGGAAACAUUUCGGAGGAGAGCUAUCGCUGACACACUGCUGACAGUGAGCCGGAUGGAGAAAGCUCGGACCGAGUACCGUGGAGCUUUACUCUGGAUGAAGGAUGUCUCACAAGAACUGGACCCAGAUACUUACAAACAACUGGAGAAAUUUCGCAAGGUUCAGGCUCAGGUGAGAGGAACAAAAGUACAGUUUGAUAAGCUGAAGAAUGAUGUGUGUCAGAAAGUGGACAUGCUGGGAGCCAGUCGCUGCAACAUGCUUUCACAUUCCUUAUGCACAUAUCAGACAAUCCUUCUACAGUAUUGGGAAAAGACUGCACAUGUGAUGUCUGACAUCCAUGAGGCGUUCAAAGGAUAUGUGCCCUACCAGUUUACCACCCUCAAAGAGCUGAGGGACCCACUGGACCUGAUUGCUUCAGAACAGCCAGCAGAGGACAGCAAAGAUAAGGACAAAAAGACACAUCCAGACAAUCUUGUUUCCCUUGAAGAUGAACAACAGGGUGAAUCAUCUAAGACCGUUUCUACUCAUGCUGUGGAUGGACAGAGCCGAGGGUCGGACAGUUCACUGUGUGCCAGUCUGGACUCUGCUUUGAACGAACAGUUAGGUCCCAUCAGUGAAUUUAGCAGAGGCGAUGACCUGCUUUUAAUGAACCCUGACCCUGCAUCGUUAAUGACCCCGACCCCGACCCUGAACCCAGCCUUACCUGCUAUGCAACCCCAAAUACCACAGGAGGUCACAGCGCCCUCUGUUGCUCAGUGGGGUUUAAGCACCUCACAUGAGGGAGAACAGGAAGGUUUACCCAGAACUCUAACACCUCAAAUAGGUAGGGACCUGCUGUCUGAUGCUUUUUACUCUGGAGAAGUGAAGGAAGAGGAAGGAGAGAGAGGUGAUCUGACAUUCCUGCAGGAUCUGUUGAGUCCUGGGGCUGCGGGUGGCGCUAGUGAGUUCAGUAAGGCGUGGCAGGACGCUUUUGGCUGUUUUGAGGCUCCAUCUGCUCCUGUUGAGCCCGCUUCAACGCAAACAGGAACGGCAAACACACCCACUGGAUUUCUGCCAUCUCAACUACUGGACCAGAGCCUUAGCACCACAGGUUGGGCAACACCACCUAUGUUUCAGACCCCACCACUUCAAACACCAUCUACUGGAGGACAAGCUCAGCACAUUCAGAAUAGCCCAAACUCUUCGGUCAAUGCCCCAAAGGGAAGCUCCAGGGAUAUGUCUGCCUGGUUCAACCUCUUUGCAGAUCUGGACCCUCUGUCCAACCCUGACGCUAUUGGACGAAGUGACGAGGAGAUCCUUAAUGCCUGAGUAGGUGAAGGUAUGAAGUUGGAGCACAGCGUCCAUUAGAAUGAAGGAAAUGAGCGCAUAUCCCAAGCCUUUGUCUGGAGACUGAAAGCUACCUCUCCGGAACCAAUUCAUCCUGAGCCAAGGAAGGAUCCAGAAAUCUGAAUCCGCAUCCGAAACUGCAAGGUUUUUUAGUUAUGGGAAUGCGUUGUUCUUUAACGUGUGUGUGUGUGUUUGUGUGAGUGAAUCUACUGUAUACACUGAGGGGUUAAAUACUUCACUACAUCUCUAUAUCAGUUUUUGUUUUGUGCUGUUACAUAGGAAAGAUACUUUAGAUGGGAAAGUAUUUCUGUGAAGUGCACAUCUCUAAGGGAUGAAAGGUUGUAAGUUCUAUGAGGGACCAAACAAAUAAACAUAUACGAAAUAUCUCUGCGCUUUGUAAAAGGGGGUUUUAAAUGUCCAGAAACAGGGUUACAGAUUCCAUUAUGAGACAUAUUUUUAACUACUGAUACCCAAAGUGUGUGAAGUUCGCAUGCAUCACAAAAAUAUUUAUUUUUAGAGCCGCUUACACUGGAUAGUUUAACUCUAAAUGAUAAAAUAAAUAAAUUAUUUAUUAAUAUCAAAGUGUUACUGUAAACUACAUAUGCAAGUGUGCCGUGCCAUUAUUCGGGAAGAAUAAAGUUUAAUGGAGCUAAUAUUAAGCAAUCUUCACAAUACACUCGAGAGCUAAACUUCUCCUAAAUGUUCCCAAAUAUUCUUCACGCUCACUGUGUGGAAACACUGGAAUGGAUAUGUGUUUGUGUUGUUUUUCUGUCACAUUGACUUUUUUCCCAGAUAAUCGUAUAAUGUAAUAUAAUCUAAUAAUGAGUUGAUCUAAAACUAUGACCACUAUCUGUUUUCUAUUGUUUUUCUAUAAAAAAAAUCAAGUUGUUGCUUGCACUAAACCGUCUCCGAGCAAUAUCUCGGAUGGUUCUAGAAUGUAUUUUGUCUUUUUAAGUAUGUUAACUUUAUCCUUAAACAUUUCAGAGCAUUUCCUAUGGGAUAUCACUCCAUAUUCAGUAGAUGCAUUUUACUUUAAGCGUGGUUUAACGUUUUGAAGUGUUUCAAUAUAUCUUUUUGUGUAACACUUUUUAUUUUAAGAAUGUACACCGCACCAUUACAGCUGCUUUCAUCUGUUUAUUUUAUGCAACUUUUGUUUCAAUCAAAUAAACAAUGUACUUUUUCAUUGAAGCAAAUUGGAGGGGGGAACCUUCAUCAGCAAUGCUUUGAUACUCCAUCGGAGCGGAAAUAAAUUUGAGUAGAUUUCCAUAAGAGCA